CGCAUUUUCAGCCUCCUUUCGCGAUGGAGCUGACCUCAGCUCCCACGCGCGCCGCUGUGGUGCCACCCAGUGCCAGACAUGUAGCCUGCAGAAGGUUGCUGCGCUCGCAGACGACGGGGGUCGGCUUUGCUCCAGUAGCUCUGCUGGUGCCAGCGCUGCCGGCUAGGAGGUCGCGCAAGCGAAGAUCCUCGCGUGCUGGGCUUGCCAGCAUCGCCGAUCAAUUCAGGUGAGCCUCAGGUACUCCCUGAUCUGCUCCAGACCUUGCAAAAUGUCUACCAGGCCAAGCUACAACCGCUGGAAGAGCAUUUGCAAUUUCAGCGCUUCUAUGACACCGCCGAGCUAUCGGCGGCCUACUUUACUGCAAAGCCGAUGGUGCUAGUCUUGGGCCAGUACUCGACAGGGCAUUGGUAUUGGAGUCCCAGUGGCUGUGCACAAAGACCCUGUAAGCGAUGCGGAGGUCAAAGAUGUGUAUACUCAUGAUCGGGUAAAGACCUCCGAAGAUGAGUCCAAAGAAAGACAGAGGAGCGUCGUGGAAAACAUUCUGGAUGGUCCAUUGGCAGCUGCUUGAGCCAGAGCCCACCACUGACAAGUUCGUGGCGAUCAUGGCAGGGCCCUCUAGACAGCAGCUUCCAGGUUUUGCUCUUUGCAGCAACCCGGCGAAGUCGUUCGACCAGCUCCAAACCUUCGGUUCUCGCUUCCUCGAGCGCUUUGAGGGAGCAUUGCUUGUGCGCAUUUGUCACGCCGUCCCGGUCCUGGGGUCCUUGAGCUUCGUUGACACGCCUGGCGUCCUUAGCGGAGACAAGCAGCGCAUGGGCCGAAGCUAUGACUUUGAAGGAGUCAUGGGCUGGUUUGCGGAGCACGCCGACCUUGCAAAUGGCAUUCUACGCGCGGCCCUGCAUUUGUUUUCCUCUCGUGGAAAAUGAGGCUGGACAUCAGGGACGAAUUUCGGCGCUGCCUCGAAGCUUUGUGCAAGAACAGCAAGCGGAAAGUCCGCUUCGUUCUGAACAAGGCUGAGUCUGGACCGCUUUGAAUUGGUCCACGUCUUCGGAGAUGCCCUACGUCUUUGUUUCGGCCGCAGCGCAGCGCUGUGCAGAGUUGCCGGACGAGACCCGGACUUCUUCCUGAGCGAAGAGGCCAAAUUACGCCAAGAAGUCUGGCAAGUGCCUUGUGACAACGCAACCCGGAAGGUAAAUCCAGUUGGAAAGAGGGACGCUUGGCUGGGCAGGGUCGCGCUCUUCCGCAAUUUUGGUGAUGACAAGACCAUCAAGCCAGUGCCGUCGCACUUGUUUCGAGCAGCGGAGGAAGCUUUGAACACCGACGUCCCUGUGCUAUUGGAGCGCGUGGCUGCUGAGCGCGAGGAGAUGAUACAGCAAGGCGUCCCCGGAGCAGAUCCUCCUCAAGACGGGUGUGGACAAAGAGCCUGGCCAAACUGCCACAGCCACACCAGAGCAUGGAGCGCGCGAAGCCCCAGAAGCUGCAACCCCCAAGGUGCCAAAGGCGGACUCCGAAUCAAGGGACCAACCUGC